AUGCCAAAGAGUGUGGGCGGUGCUCCUCGUUGUCACUGCAAACACGAGGCAACCGACCACAAUGUGUCCGAGACAGCAGAGGAGAGGAAGGCGCGCGAUCGUCCAAUCGGUCAACCGUGUGUGUUUCAGGCCAUGGGUGGAUUAACGGGUUUCAGCUCUCUCCUACCCGGUAUGGCGCGGAUGGAUGCCAGUGGGGUGGGUGGAAGUCUGACCGAGGCUGAGUUGGACGCUCCCAUUACAGCCAAUGAUCAUCCCUUCCUCCGUGCACAUGCCGCCCACCUGGGACCUUACCAACACCCCCAGAACCGUCUCGAGGGCAAUGCUCAACUGAGUAAUUGCGUUCUUUCCUGCUAG